AUGAAAUCUUUGGGUUGUCAUGAGAAGUCUGGGGGAUUACAGAGGGUAGAGAGGCAAAUGAAGGAUUUUAGGGAUGUUUUGGAUGAUUGUGAGUUAAGGGAUCUUGGUUAUAUUGGCCCCCCUUUCACUUGGUGUAACAAAAGAGAACCUGCAUAUAGUAUCAGUGAGAGGUUGGAUAGGGUCCUCUCAAAUCAUAGGUGGGGUUUAUAUUAUCCUGUGGCUCGAGUCCAACAUGUUGUAGCUGCAUACUCAGAUCAUCUGCCUAUUAUUCUUAGAACUCAUGAGGUACAGUUCCACGGGAGGAGUAAGAGACCAUAUAGGUUUGAGGCUAUGUGGGUGGACUCACCUGAUUGGAAUAAUGUUAUAGAGAAUGCCUGGUAUGAGGGACAAGGUGCUGAUGGCUACAGUGUAGUGAUGAGAAAGAUCAAAUGUUGUGGUGAAAAGCUUACUAUCUGGAACAAGUCAAAGUUUGGGCAUGUGAGGCAAGGACUAGAGAAAGCAAGAUCAAAAUUGAAGUGGUUGCAAUCUAGUGAUCCCUGUUUUCAAAAAAGGGAUGAACAUAGGAAGGCAAGAGCAGAAAUGCAAGUUUGGAUGGAGAGGGAGGAGAUCAUGUGGAGACAAAGGUCUAAAUCCUUAUGGCUGAAAGAGGGGGAUUCAAACACCAGGUUUUUCCACAAUAAGGCUUCUCAAAGAAGGAAGAAAAACUAG